AUGUCCACCGUAACACAGAAGGCACUGCUCCUGGACAAAAACCAAGUCCUCAUCAAAGUUCCAGCUGCCGCAGCCCUCAAUUGGAAGAUCAGGAAAUACGGGAUCUAUGUUCAAGAGUCCCCAGCUGUACUGGGAUCAGAUAUUGCUGGAGAAGUUGAGGAGGUCGGCGAGGGUGUCACUGACUUCAAGAAGGGGAAUAGAUUUUGGACGAAGCUUAUUCGCCAGCCACACAAAGUCCCUCCAGCAGUAUUCUAUUGCCCUGCAGCGUCGCCUUGGACUACGAAGAAUCCCUCGAAUAUUUCGUUCGACGAACCCGCGUCCCGUAACACUCAGCACGCCCAGAACUUGAAGGUCGGGGUAGGUGUGCUGGGCAAGCUAUCGCGAUCCUCGGUGCCAUGCCAAGCUUCAGCCGUACAACUCGCGAAGCUCUCAGGCUUCACGCACAUUAUCACCACAGCAUCGCCGAAGAACGCCGACGCAAUUGCCUCCCUCGAUGCCACUGCUAUCCUAGAUCGCAACCUCCCUGCCCUUGAGUUGUCCGCCGAAAUCGCGAAGGUCACAGACGGGCAGUCGCUUGACGUCGUGUUCGACGCCGUCGACUCGCUGGCCAUGCAGCAGGCUGCGCUGGAGAUCGUCGCUCCUGGAGGCACCGUCCCAUCGCUCCUCGCUCCGAUGUGA